AUGAACGGGACGGAGGGCCCGAACUUCUACGUGCCCUUCUCCAACAAGACAGGCGUGGUGCGCAGCCCCUUCGAGUACCCGCAGUACUACCUGGCAGAGCCCUGGCAGUUCUCCAUGCUGGCCGCCUACAUGUUCAUGCUCAUCGUGCUCGGCUUCCCCAUCAACUUCCUCACGCUCUACGUGACCGUGCAGCACAAGAAGCUGCGCACGCCGCUCAACUACAUCCUGCUCAACCUGGCCUUGGCCGACCUCUUCAUGGUCUUCGGGGGCUUCACCACCACCCUCUACACCUCUCUGCACGGAUACUUUGUCUUCGGGCCCACCGGAUGCAACCUGGAGGGUUUCUUCGCCACCUUGGGUGGUGAAAUCGCCCUCUGGUCCUUGGUGGUCCUGGCCAUCGAGCGGUACGUGGUGGUGUGUAAGCCCAUGAGCAAUUUCCGCUUCGGGGAGAACCACGCCAUCAUGGGUGUCGGCCUGACCUGGGUCAUGGCUCUGGCCUGCGCCGCACCGCCUCUUGCCGGCUGGUCCAGGUACAUCCCGGAAGGCAUGCAGUGCUCCUGCGGUAUCGACUACUACACACUCAAGCCCGAGGUCAACAACGAGUCUUUUGUCAUCUACAUGUUCAUCGUCCAUUUUACGAUCCCCAUGAUCAUCAUCUUCUUCUGCUACGGCCAGCUGGUCUUCACGGUCAAGGAGGCAGCUGCCCAGCAGCAGGAGUCGGCCACCACCCAGAAGGCAGAGAAGGAGGUCACCCGCAUGGUCAUCAUCAUGGUCAUCGCGUUCCUGAUCUGCUGGGUGCCCUAUGCGAGCGUGGCCUUCUACAUCUUCACCCACCAGGGCUCCAACUUCGGCCCCAUCUUCAUGACCUUCCCGGCCUUCUUCGCUAAGACCUCCUCCAUCUACAACCCAGUCAUCUACAUCAUGAUGAACAAGCAGUUCCGGAACUGCAUGCUCACCACCAUCUGCUGCGGGAAGAACCCCUUCGGGGAGGAAGAGGCCACCACGGUCUCUAAGACGGAGACCAGCCAGGUGGCCCCAGCCUGA